GAACCCAACUACCGGGCCCCAACCUCCCCAGCCAAUCACAGGCGAAGGACAGAAAAGUGGGCCGUGCGGAUGGGAACCCUGAGGCGGGUUGCAGGUGGUCCGCCAUGUGGGGGGCGGGUGGGCCUGGAGUGGCCGCGGCCAGCGUCUCCCUGAUCGGCGCCCGGGACUGCUUCCUGCACCUGCCGCCUGGCUUGGUUUCCAGCCUCCGUCUGCAGCAGGAUCAAGCUGUGAAAACUUCCUGGGACAAUCAGACCAUAUUCCUGGGCUGGACAGAAAUUCGGCAUUGUCAUCAAUAUGGUGGCAACAUUGUCGAAAUAAACAGACAGCUAGCAGAAAAACUUGGCAUCAGCGAUGGGCAACAGAUAUUCCUCGAGCCCUGUUCUCAAGUUUUGUCCUGUCAGCAAGUAGAAGUGGAACCCCUCUCAGCAGAUGAUUGGGAGAUAUUGGAGCUACAUGCUUUCUCACUUGAAAGCCACCUUCUUGAUCAAAUUCGAAUAGUGUUUCCCAAUGCUAUCUUCCCAGUGUGGGUUGAACAGCACACUUGUAUUUAUAUCCAGAUUGUUACUCUAAAACCAGCUGCUCUUUAUGGAAGACUUGAAGCUCGGACAGAGCUUUUCAUACGGCCUAAAUUGCGUGAACAUGGAGAAUGCCCUGCCAUGGUUCCUUCUGAAAAAAAUGACAUUUUACAGGACAUUGUUUCUAAAACCAAGUUAGAAACAAGAGGAACUACCAAAGAAAUAGGUGUCAAAGAAACUAAUUUAAGUAUGGGAGUUCAAGAGCAAAAGCCAGAGACAAAAGCAUCACUGAGUGCAAAUGUCCUUCCAAACAUAUGGAAUUUAAUUGGGAGUAUUUUCUCUUAUUCUUCAGACAAGAAACAAGAGGCUUCAUGUGGUACUGAUCAAUUGGAUUCUGUCAAAGACAGCCUGUUAAACUUGAUUCAUAUGGAUUCUAUAUUCAGAGUAUGUUACAUUCAGCCCCCCAGCAUACAAACUACACUGGCAGCAUCUCCACUUCAGAACUACAACACUAUUCAUGUUUUUCCAUGGCACCUAGAAUUCCCUCCAUUAGACACCAAUGUCAAAAUAUCUUAUGGAAGGAUGAGUAAAUUGCUUUCUCCAAGACAACAGCACCAAGAGUCAAAGCAGAAUCUACUGUCAAACAAAGAAAAGCAGAUGAUCAAUGCAGAAGAUCAAAAACAAUCCAGCCUCAGUAAAAGUCAAGAAUCCAAUGAAAUUUCUGUUGUACAAAUAGUAUGGAGUGGAUUUGAGGAUCUAAAGAGCGCCAUAAUGUGCAAUACCAACCUGGAGCAAAUACAUAUCGGGAGAGUUUGGAUACCUGAAAAGUUGAGAAAGAAACUACAAAUAGAAAUGCAUGCAGCUGUCAGAAUUACCUCAGUGAAUUCAGACCCUAAAAUUCCAACAUCUCUAAAACUACAUACCGAAAAGACUUUAAAUGAAGAUGUUAGUGAAGAUGACAUUAAAAAGGCCUUAACAUUGUGGCUACAGGAUUACAUCAAAUUUCCCUUGAUAAUAGGACACACAAGCUAUAUACAACUAGCUCUUAAAGAUGGUAUGGAAGAUUUUGUCCUCAGUGUAGUCACCUCUGAAGAGGAAAAGGCAAAAGACACUUUCAUCUUAAAUCCUAGCUUGCUGCAGAAGACAAAUAUACAAGUUUUGGUAAAUCCUGUGACUUCGGUAGCUAAUGAUGGUAGUGAACAACCUUUUGAAAAGCAUCUUCCAUGGUUCAAUCUGAACUGUUUAGGAGGAGUAAAGAAUCUAGGCGCCGCCUCUUUCAGAUACCUAUCACACAGCCUUUUGGGCCGCCCACUGUCUCAGAAGCUAGCCCCCUUAUCUGCAGGACUACGCAGUGGAGGUAUUUUAAUUACUGGAGCAAGGGGAAGCGGCAAGUCAACUAUAGCAAAGGCUAUUUGCAAAGAAGCAUACGAUAAACUGGAUUCUCAUGUGGAAAUAGUUGAUUGCAAAGCUUUAAGAGGAAAAAGGUUAGAAAAUAUACGGAAAAAACUGGAAGAAGCUUUUCAAGAGGCAAGGUGGAGACAACCAUCUGUUGUUCUGUUUGAUGACCUUGAUCACAUAGUUGGGGUUCCUCUUGCUCCAGAGCAUGAGAACAGUCCUGAAGUAGUUCAGAGUACUCGCCUUGCUCAUGUCUUGAAAGAUAUCAUAAAAGAAGUUAUUUCCACAUGCAGCUUGAUUGCACUCAUCACCACAAGCCUGUCUGAACAGUCACUAAAUUCUUCCAUUGUUUCUGCACAAGGAUUUCACAUAUUUCAGUGUUUCCAGCAUAUUCACUCUCCAGAUCAGGGACAAAGAUAUGAAAUAUUUAAAUCCAUAAUAAAAAAUAAGUUUGACUCAGAAAUAGAAAGAUUCUGUGAUCUGGAUCUCCAUCUAAUUGCAAAGGAAACAGAAGGAUUUGUAGCUAGAGAUUUGACAAUGUUAGUUGAUCGUGCCAUACAUUCAAGUGUUUCUAGCCAGGAAACAUGUAAAAAAGACGAUUUGAUUCUGUCAACAAAAGACUUCCAAAAAGCUUUACAAGAUUUCACUCCAGCAUCUCUAAGAAAUAUUAACCUCCAUAAACCUCAGGACUUCGGCUGGGAUCGGAUCGGUGGCCUUAAGGAGAUACAGCAAGUACUUACAGAUACUAUCCAGUUACCUGCAAAGUAUCCAGAAUUAUUUGCAAACUUACCCAUACGACAGAGAACUGGAAUCUUACUAUAUGGAGCUCCAGGAACAGGAAAAACAUUACUUGCGGGUGUAGUUGCUCGAGAGAGUGGAAUGAAUUUUAUCAGCAUCAAGGGACCAGAACUUCUCAGCAAAUAUAUUGGAGCCAGUGAACAAGCAGUUCGAGAUAUAUUUAACAGAGCACAGGCAGCCAAGCCCUGCAUACUAUUCUUUGAUGAAUUUGAUUCUCUUGCUCCUCGGCGAGGUCAUGAUAACACUGGUGUAACUGACCGAGUAGUUAAUCAGCUGCUGACUCAGCUAGAUGGAAUAGAAAGCUUAGAAGGCGUUUAUGUACUGGCAGCCACUAGUCGUCCUGAUUUGAUUGACCCUGCUUUACUGAGACCUGGUCGAUUAGAUAAAUGUCUGUAUUGUCCACCUCCUGAUCAGGCUUCACGAUUUGAAAUUUUAAAGGCACUGAGUCAUUCUCUCCCUCUGGCACAUGAUGUAGAUUUUAAAGAUGUGGCAACAAAAACUGAGAAUUUCACAGGGGCAGACCUCAAAGCUUUAUUGUAUAAUGCCCAGCUAGAGGCAGUGCAUGCUAAUUUGGGUUCAUCUUUGCCACAGGACACAGGUUCUAGCUCAGAUAGUGAUCUCAGUUUAUCUUCAAUGGUUUUCUUAAACCAAAGCAGUGGGUCAGAUGAUUCUGCAGGAGAUGGAGAAGGAGGCUUGGAACAAUCCUUAGUUUCCCUCGAGAUGUGUGAGCUGCUUCCUGAAGAUCCAAGGUCCAACAUAUAUCGUCUUUACUUUGGCAGCUCCUACGAAUCAGAGCUUGGCAAUGGAACUGCUUCAGAAAUGAGUUCUCAGUGUUUCUCGGGACCAAAUUCCAUCAGUCAUGAUCUAACCAGUAUCUCCCUGAAAGAUUUAGUAUCCUCUCAGGCCCCACUGUUAAGAACAACUUUACAGGAAGGUUAUCAAGAACUGAAUCAAGAACAGAUAGAGCAACUCAAGGCUGAAAUAAACACUAUCAAGACCAACUACAGGAGCAAAAAUGGAGAGGAAGUCACUCCCAGCUCAUCAGUACUAAACAAGAGAACUGUAAACAUUACUCAGAUUCACCUAAUGACUGCACUUGCAAAUACAAAACCAUCUGUUAGUCAAGAUGACUGGAAACAUUUUGCUGAACUCUAUGAGAAUUUUCGAAAUCCAAAGAGGAAAGGACCCAGUGGAGCAACUAUCAAACCAGGACAAAAAGUGACAUUAGCUUAGCUGCUGUUGAUAUUGUGGUUAUUAUGAUCACCGAGAAAUUUCAUAGCAAAGAGUACAUUGCUAAAUCAUACGAAAAUUUAUACCUCUGGGUAUGUUAACACUAUGACAACAAAUAAUAGAUUUCUUUGAAAUUAAUUGUUGUAAAUUAUUUUAUAUAAUUUUAGUAUUCAAAUUAUGUCUUCAUGAAUACCUACAUUAAAAUCUUUGAGACACUA